AAUGAGAGGUGGAGUAGGAGAGGGGAUGAAGAAGGUUUUAAUAACGGGAGUGAGUAAAGGGUUGGGAAGAGCAUUGGCAAUAGAAAUGGCAAAGCUUGGUCACAUUAUUAUUGGUUGCUCUCGUACGCAAAACGACCUCCAUUUACUUGAACAACACCUCCGCAACAUCUCUCCCCACAACCAUUUUCUCCUCAACAUCGAUGUGAGUUGCAACGACAGUGUUAAGGAGAUGGCACGAAUUGUUGUAGACAAAAUAGGAGUUCCUGAUAUAAUUGUAAAUAACGCGGGUGUGAUUAAUAAGCAAGGAAAGAUUUGGGAGAUUCCUAAAGAAGAGUUUGACAAUGUAAUUGACAUAAAUAUAAAGGGGACAACAAAUGUGUUACGCCAUUUUAUUCCACUCAUGACUCCUAAGAACCAAGGCAUCAUUGUUAACAUGUCAGCUAUCAUGGCAAGAAUUGGAGUUCCUAUGGCAUCUCCAUAUUGUAGCUCAAAAUGGGCAAUUGAAGGCUUAAGCAAAUCAGUAGCCAAAGAGAUGCCAGAUGGAAUGACGAUUAUAACCUUGGAUCCUGGCAUUGUAAAUACACAAAUGCUAUUUUCUUUAUUGGGCGAUAUUGCAUCUCAAUUCCAAACACCUGAAAAGUGGGCUAAGAAAGCAGCUCCGAUGAUCCUGAAUCUUACAGGCAUGGAUAAUGGUGCAUCCCUGACGGUUGAUGAUCCUGGCGUUCUACCAUUCUAAUAACUUCGUAGGAUCAUUACGAAGUUUAAUUAGAUGUUUGUUUUUUAGUUUCUUUGAUCUGUCUAUUGUUUCUACUCUUAUCGUUUU